AUGGCAGAUUUAGAAUUUCUCAAAAAAAUGACAGAUUUAGAUUCAAUUGUUAAACCUUCUGAAAAAAAGCAUUUUACUUUUGAUAACAUUCCCGACUUGACUGGAAAAGUUGCGGUCGUUACAGGAGGAAAUGCUGGAAUAGGAUAUAUCACGUGCAGAGAAUUGGCCAAAAAAAAUGCACAUGUAUUCGUAUUAAGUCGUAAUAUUGAGAGAGGUCAGGCAGCCGUUGAAAAAAUCAAAUCCGAGACUGAUGGUAUUCAAGAAGAAUUUGGAGUAAAUCAUGUCGGCCACUUUCUUUUCACCAAAUUAUUAUUGCCAAAAAUUAAAGCCUCGCAACCAGCACGUAUAGUAAAUCUUAGUAGUCAUGCUCAUAGAUUUGUUCCUGAGGGAGGAAUUGAAUUCGAGAAAUUAAAUGAUCCAAAUGCAUUUGAUUCAAUACCUC